CUAAAGUAUGAGUACAGCUAUAGCGGACAGGGGACUGAGGUCCCAGGAUACAGAAACAUUCCAUCAACACACAUCUUACUCCCCAGCACAUUCCAUAGAAGACUCAGAGGAUGGUGGUCCCCUGGAGUUGACAGUUAUACUCCCAGAUAGACGAUCCAUCAGGAUGCUGGUCGACCCACAGACGCCAAUUAUGGAUCUUCUCAUCCAGAUAACAUCAGCUAAUAAGCUCUCUCCCAGUGAUCAUGUGAUCAAUGCAAUAUCAGAAGAAACAAAUCGACCAAUUGACUAUAAGGCGAGCCACACAAUUGCCUCACUAGGGGUCAGCACUAUAUAUCUCAUACCAAAAACAACAACAGUCCAGAAACCAAAACGUUCAUCUGGAAAGAAACCCUUUGAGGUAACUAACAGGCUCGUGGUGAACCUACCGCGCAACCAGAAGAUGAUCAUGCGGAUAAGUCAUGCAUCAACGCUAGCGGAGAUUUUCCGAAGAAUUUGCGAGGAAAAGAAUCUUGACCCAUACAAAUAUGAGUUACAGCACCCAAAGAAUCGUGACGAGCCCUUAAAUAUGGCACGUCCCCUAGCAGAGUACAACAUUAAUGAGAUUACAGUUGUUAACAUAAAAGCUUCUGCAGAUGUGAGGAAACCUCUAGACCCUUCGUCAGUUAGUAAUAGCCCUCUAGGCAACAGCACGAUGUUUCGCCACUCAACCUCCGAUAUUCCAAAUGCUGUGGAGGGUUUUGAUAGCAAGGAGAAGAAAAAGAAAAAGGGCUUCUUUUCAUUCCUACGGAGGGAUAAAAAAUCAAAAUCAGAACUUAAACUGAACAAAGAUCCAAACUUUACUCUUGCGCCACAUCAGCCAGCUAAUCUCCGUCAGAAGCCCCAGGCUGAGGUGAAACCGCAGCAGCAAGUACGACCCAACACCAUCUACUCAACAGAUGCGCCAUCUUUACAAACACCGAAUCAAAAACAAGCUGCAAAGAAACGUCAUGCUCCACCCCCACCCCCAGGAAAACUUCACACCCAACAGUCUCCAGCAGAUUCCGUGAUUUCUUCUAAUGGUCCUUCACCAUUAAACAUCAUUCCAGAGUUAUCUGUUGAUACACAUCACAGUGGGAAACCACGUGGCCACUCCAGAAACAGUUCAGACUCUAGUGGAUAUCAUGAAAAUGCCGCAUCAGAACAAUCCCCGAAUUCCUCCCGGGAAUCAAAAAAGAGUUCAUAUGUUAUGAGUAUAGAUGGCACUUCGAUAGAAAGUGGAGAUAUUAUGAGUGAAUCAGGAGAUACAAUGCCACUACCGACGCUCAGUAUGGUAAAAGAAGUUAGGACAUCACAAGAAAAUCUUGAUAAAGAAAAGAAAAAACCGACACCUAAAAAACGCAGAGCCCCUCUGCCUCCUGGUAAGGCUGCAGUCAAGGAGAACACUCCUAUAGCCAAGGAGGAAACUCCUUCAGCCAAGGGGACUCCUGAAUUAGCCAAGGAGGCAUCUCCUCCAUUAGGUGCUGGGGUAGAAAAAAAUAUUGCAGCUGAGGUGACAGACUCGCUUUAUAGACAAUCACCGCAACUGCGUCCUGCAUCUUUCGUAGCUCCGCCCCCUCCUGACUGUCCCCCACCCCCGGAGUCUCCUGACAGUCUUCACAAGGAAUACUAUGGAGGAAACACGUCCAUAAUGGAGGAUAAGUCAACUGGAGUCUCUGAUAUAGAGUAUGGCUCCCCAGAUUCUGAUAAUAAAGAUUCAACAUUUAGUGGAAGUUUCAAUGGUAGUGUUAGUGUUCAAACUCGCAGUAGUAGUCGCUGUAGCAAUGAUACCAUUGAUGACAUCAACAUGGCCUUCGAUGAAGCAAUUGCAUCUGGAGAACAUGCCAUUGAAGUAGAGUCUCGAGCACAAGGUCAACAAACAAAGGAGGAGAUCUCCCACUUUGUCGAGGAGAUAAGUAAGUUGACAGAGAGUGCAAAAAAUGAUGACACUGAAACACUCCAGGUCCCUCCAGCUGGUGUUCAACGCCGGGACUCGGAAACUUCUGCAUAUUCAGAUCGUGAGCUCCAUAUAUCCGACAACCAAUCAGAUAUAAGCUCUGUGAAUAAGUACACAGUGAACACAGAUACAGCUACGUCUGAUUCUGAGAGUGAUUACUUAGCUGACUUUAAGGAGACAAGAGAUAGAGUCGGGAUAAAACUAGUGAAACAGAGGUCCUUAUCAGAUGUUCCCAAUCAGGAACCUGUCAUUGUCAAAAUUGAAGGGCAGAAUAUAAUAAAAGAUAAUGUUGAGAUCAGACGUGAAACAACAACUGUUAUAAAACCCGAGGUCCAAGAGGAUUCCUCCAGCCAAGAUUACACAGACAAUGAUGAUUUCAUCAUCGCUAGGGCAACAUAUGCUGUUGCCAUGCAUACCCCGACACAUGAAACUACAACAUCUGAAUCUGAGACAGACACUAGAAUUCAAUCUUUGCGGCCUAACGAGGAAAUAUUUAUUACAAUGGAUCAUUUAGCUACUGAAAGGGAUAAAACAGAUGACACCACAUUGGACAAUGCUAAAGAGGAAUUUAUAAUUGAAAAAGAACAAGUGACAUUUGUGAAUAAUAAGCCCAAAGACAAUUAUGUAGUUGUGAGCACGAUUCCUAAAGCUGAGGCUGUUAAGAAAGUGCCUGCUACACAAACAAACAGUUAUGAUUCUAGCUCUGAGCCAGUAAGAUCAGAAGUGAAUGGUGCUAAGGAUACCUCAUCAUACAAUAAUUCUGAGCCCUCACCCCCAGGGACUACUUUCCGUAUAGGGGGUCAGGUACAGGAACCUCAGUCUAUGCGAGGCAAUCGAGGCUUUGUACGACGUACAGCUUCUCAGCAUGCUCAAUAUAUCACUGAAAAUGAACAGGAAAAUGUCUUAUCAGAGAAGUCUAUAUCUCGAAUAGCACUCCCUGCUUUAGACACUACUUCUGUUAAGAAAGAAGGUGAACCCACCACUAUAAAUGUAAAUAUAGACAAUAAAAGAUCUUUGCAAUAUGAUGAAAAACCCCCAGCAAGUCCUACACGAAGCAGAGUUGAAACUGAAAUAAAACUAGCGCCUGUGACAUCUCCCAAGCCAGUAAUGCUCCAAUCAAAAGAGCCAGUGACAACCAUGAAGCCUGAUACAACAGACCAGCAGAAGCAACUGGAGGAGCAAUAUAACCAGCUACAGCAGCAAUUUAGUAUGUGGCAGGAUCAGCUACUGGAAAACCAGAAACUACUUGCAGAGAAGCAAAUUGUGCCCUCCUCCUCCUCCCAGUUGCAAACCAUGCAGAAACGAGUUGAGAUGCAACAGAAGAUGAUGUCACAAUUGGAGAAAAAUAUGCAAGAUCUGAAGCCAGAUAGUGCACCACAAAAACAGGAAAACUUUACCCAAAAGAAAGUAAUUCCUGUUAAUGCAUCUAGGAUAGAGAUAAAUACAUCAUCUAGGGUUGAACCCGAAUUUCAGAUAUCCCCACCUCAAAGUAGCACUUAUAGUAACGUGACAGUUACCACAAAGACUAAUGACCCACCAAAUAAAAUUAAUGACCCACCAAAUACACUACCAAGACCUGGUCCAAAGACUGAACCAAAGCCAACACGUGCUAAAAGCCUCCAGAGGCCAAGCAGUGUACGUGACGAUACAGGCUUUUCUAUUAAACCAGCAAUAUCUCAGAGCAGAGUGGAAAGCUCAUUUGCUAGACCCCCUUCACCAUCAUUCCUUAUACCCUUCAUCAAGCCACGAACUCCUGUUGAAGAAACAGAUAAGCCAAUUGUCCAGAGAUCUGUGUCUAAUGUUGAAACACAAAGGAAGCACAUAUCUGUUAUUGAACAUAAAACUCCUGAUGCCAAAUGGGAGCCCCCAAAGAAAAAGGAAGCUGAUGCCAAAUGGGAACCCCCACAGAAAAAAGAACCAGACGCAAAAUGGCAGCCAAAGAAAUCACAUGCAAGUAAUGGUGGUAGACCUGCAGUUGUCCUCCCAGAUAACCCACAAUCAAUACUGAGGCCUUCAGGCUCGUUUAACAGACCUCAGGCUAUCAGGUCCCAGAGUGUACCCAGCAAGCCCCCCUCCCCACCACCUGCCCCUGAAAUAAACAUUCCAGUAAACCCUCAAUCAAUGUUGAAACCAUCUAAGCCGAGGAAAGUGAACCCAAGGUUUGAGCCCCAGCUUGACCCUCGUGAAGAGCUGAUGAUUGCUAUCAGAAACACUGGAGGCAGAAGUGCACUCAGAAAAGUGACAACAUGAGGUAAUAUGAGGAGAAAGUAUACCAGACAGUGUACAAGCUACGGGAAACACUGUGGAGGAAGAUCCUUCUGAAGUGUACGAUACCAAGUUGUAAAGUGCCAGGAUGUAUAGAUACCAGGAUGUAGAAGUGCUAGGAUAUAUUGGCAACAGAGUAGAAUUGUCACUGAUAUUUACGGCAUCAUGUAUGUUCCAACAUGUACAGCGUUCUAUUAUCUAGCGAUGCUUUUUGGGUUAAAUCUAAAUAUUGGCUCAUGUUGUAAAGUUAAGAACUCCUUAAUCAGUUGUUAUAACCAUACAUAUAAUGAUAGUAUAGGUGGCAUUUUGCACAAUACUAAAUAUAAUGAGGACAUUUUACAACAGAUUUAUGGAUUGAAUCCAGACCCAUUUGACUACAAAAUCUUGAAUGGUUUAAUCACUCUAAUGUACAUUCUAAUGGACUCCUAAUACACAUGCACUUGGAUUGUAUCCAGAAUAUUGGAUUGUAUGUAUCAUACUAAGAUGCAAUAUAAAUGAGUAAAUGAAUAGAGAAAAACAAAUCAAUAUUCAAUACACAUGGAAACGCAGAAACACACUAAUAAAAAAGUACAUUUGAAAUAAAACACAUACUAUUGUGUUUAACACUAUUGGUAUGAUUGUAAAUGAUUUUUGAAUGUAAUUUAAAAUUAUAUUUUAAAUGAGAAACAGAUAAUGACAAGUAGUUUUGAUUGGAGUUCAGAGAAACACAAUUUUUAUACCCACAGACAACACAUGAUUAUGCAAGUAUGUAUGUUGUAUUUGUACAUUACUAUUUAACCUAAAAAGCAAUAUUUCAGACACUACAUCUGAAUGUAAGAUUUUAUGCAAUUUUAAAAUGAGAAACACUUUUGUAGCGACAAUUAUUUGUGUUAUAUCAUGAGUGUAUUUCAUGUAUAUAGCAAAACCUCUGGAGAGAAACAUUACACACACUACUUUUCUGUGCUUUUAAUGAUGGUAAAUUCUGUGACCAUUUUGACACCAGCAAAAUAUACUUAUAUAUUGUGAUUAAGAAGCACCAAUCACCAAUGAACACUAUUCACCAGUAGUUAAGAUUAUAUUAAAAACAUUUAUUUUGUACAUCACUUGAGAUUCUUAUUUUACAAGCAUUGUAUAUUUUCAAUUAAAAAGUUCUAUAUGUUAGUCUUGUAUCCAGUUCCAUUGUGUCCCAUGCUUUCCCCUGGGAGGGGGCAAUGCAACCUAAUACAAGACUAUGCCUGUUUAAGCAAAAUACUGAAGAUAACGUGAAAUAAUUUUCAUGAGAUGUAUAUAUUCAUAUCAAGAGGUGUAUAUAUUUGCAAGGUAUCUAAAAAACAGAAAUUUAAACACAGGAUUUUAUUCAAAUAUCUCAAGAAAGGAGCCUUUAACAAAUCAUGUGACAUCCAAAUAUUUCAUGAUAGUCAACCAAGGUAUUCCCGCGAUUUCUCAAAAUAACAUUUCUCAUUUUUGGGAUUACUUGUUAUAUUUAUUAGUGAUAUCAUUUAUUCUUAAUAAUUAAUUUAUGAUUUGUUAUUCAGCUUAUGCAAAGCCUCUUUAAAAUAUGUUUUCUGUGUCCCUGCCCUAGACUGUAAUAGUUCUUAUAUUUAUGCUAAAUUAUGAGUAGUAUAAACCUUGAGGUUUUUCUUGUUUUGAGCCAUCCAGAUUGACUAUCAUGAAAUAUUUUGUACAAGUUGUGUAGUUUUACAGACAACAAUGGUGCAUAUUUAUUGUAAAUAGUAUAUGUAUAUAAUCGAUGAAUUUAUUUAACGUUUAUGUGUGCUCGCAUUAGUUGUAUAUAUUUGUGUAAAGUGGCUAUUCUAAUGUAUGCAUAUAAGACACACUGUUAAAUCAAAGAAGCACUGUCCAUUCAGUAUGUACAUAUAAGUAUAUAACACAGUAUAUGACUCCUGUUCUUAACUAAAACUCAGUUGACGUACUCCACAUUUUCAUAUCAUCUGUUUGACUAUGGUCAUUGAAAACUGUGCAUGUCAGCAUGUAAGGCACUUGACACUAUAUAUUGUUCUAGAUGUUCAUGCCAUUUAAAUUAUGAACCAGUUCUAUGAUCUUAUGUUUUAUUUACAUAAUUGGUAUUUUUUUUGUUCUUAAUGUAAAUUGAAAUAAUAAUGUAUUUGUCUUGGGAGAUCAUGCAAUACUGUACCCUGAAUUGAAUCAUGCGUAAGGCUUUGAGGGAAUGGCUUGGUAUAAGGUCAUUGGAGGCUAUGGAGUGACAUCUUAUGAAUGCAUUUUCAGCAUGCAUAUAUUUGAAUUUCAUUUACGAACUAUUUUAGGGGUCAUCAGAAGUAGAAGACUGUAUUUGUGGAAGUCCUAUGAACUAACACUGAUUUUAACCACACUGGUGUUGAAACAUUUUUCCAGGCUCAUAUUUUAGUGCACCUGUUAUUAGUUGAAUGUGUUUGAUACAAUGAAAAUAAUGAAAUGACUUUCAAAAUCGCGCCUUGCAAAUUGAUGAUUCUUGUUAUUCAUCUAGUAAUGAAAUAAUUGGGUUUUAAUGGAGACAUUUCAUUAUCAGUGCAUUAACUUUGAAAAAGUUGAAUAUAUGUGGUGUGGGGUACACACGCUUGAAUA